AUCUACGUGGGGAGACACAGACACACUGAGACACACCGAGACACGAGGAGACACACAGGGACACCAUAGAAAGACCUGGGGACACAGAGAGACACGAUGUGAAUUCGAGACGCACAUUAAUAGACCGAGACGCACAUAUAUAGACAGAGGGGACUUGGAGAAACAGAGACAUUGAGAAACGCAGACUCACGGAGACUCGGGGAAACACAGAGACAAGGGGGGGGGGGGCACAUAGACACUUCGAAGCACACAGAGAGACAAGUGGGGAGUCACGGAAUCAAACCCACAGGACUUGAGCUUAGAAAUGGACCCUCAUCGCCAUCCACAGCAGCAGCCACAACCCCAGCACCACCACGACAGCAAUCACGAACAACACCACCAUCAUCGACAUGACCCGUGCAGUAACCCACGCCCUCCCAAGCACCUCUGGCGGCAACCGCAGACGCGCAUCCACAUCGCUCGCAGGGUCCUCUCCGACUCCGAGAAAGAUCGGGUGCUCAGGGAAGAGAGAGCGGCUCCGGUGAAGACCUGGAUCGGCCCAGCCCUGCUCGGAGUUGGCCACUGCGGAUCCGCCGACUCGGCGCUGAAGAGAUCGCGAGCGGCACCGGAGCAGGAGCAGUGGGAAGAGACACGUGAGGAGGGCUCUGUGUUCCCGGGUCCUCACGUCGCCCCUCAGCGUCGUGAGUCGUUCCUCUACCGCGGGGAGAGCCAGGGAUCGACUCGGAGCGACUCGCGCAAGUCGUCCAUCAUCAGCGAGGGAGUUCGUCAUGGCCGCCUUCCUUCCUACAAGUCUGAGCCUGUGCUAGGCAUAGGCAACAAGAGGUUGCACGAUGACGUCAUCGUGACGCCCUUCGCACAGGUACUGGCAAGUCUCCGAAGCGUUCGUAACAACAUCAGCUUCCUGGCAAAUCUACCAAACCGGCAAAACCCCGCAGCUACAGUCGCAACUCCACAAAGCAGCAUCAAUGAUGGAGGGGCUCGCGUGGUGCUGGAGGAGUCUGUGGAGGAACUUGACUGGAGCCUGGCGCAACUGGAGGGGAUUCAGACUCACACGGCCGUGAGCCGCAUGGCCUCAAACAAGUUUAAGAAGAUGCUGAACAGGGAGCUGUCUCAACUGUCAGAGAUCAGUCUCUCUGGCACCAAAGUUUCAGAGUACAUCUCCAGCACCUUCCUGGACGACCACCACGAGGUAGAGCUUCCGAGUUCGCCUCCAGCUUCUGUCUCCUCCACCUCCUCCCCCCCCACCCCCACCCCUCCGCUCCCCCUCUCCCCGCAACCCGAGUUGGACUCUGAGGCGGUUCCUCGCUUCGGGAUACCGGUGGCAGACGAAGAGAAACUGGCUGAGGAGCUGGCGAGUGUGAACGAGUGGGGAUUGGACGUUUUCGCGAUCGAUAGCUUAUCUGCAAAUCUCCCUCUCACCGCCACCGUCUACACCAUCCUCAAGGAGCGUGAUCUCCUCCGCACGUUCCGCGUGCCCCCUCGCCGCCUCGUCUCGUUCCUCCUCUCGCUGGAGUCUCACUACCACCGUCACGUGCCCUUCCACAACAGCCUGCACGCGGCCGACGUCACCCACUCCACGCACGUGCUCCUCAACGCGAUGGCCCUCAACGCUGUCUUCACCGACCUUGAAGUAUUUGCCGCCAUCUUUGCCAGCUCCAUUCACGACGUCGAUCAUCCCGGGGUGUCCAACCAGUUCCUCAUCAACACCAACUCGGAGCUGGCCCUGCUCUAUAACGACGAGUCUGUGCUGGAGAAUCACCACCUCGCCACGGGAUUCCGUCUCCUCCAGGAAGGGGACUGCGACAUUUUCCAGAACCUCAGCAACAAACAGAGACUGGCGCUCCGCAAGAUGGUGAUUGACAUGGUGCUCGCCACAGACAUGUCCAAGCACAUGAAUCUCUUGGCCGACCUCAAGACGAUGGUGGAGACCAAGAAGCUGACGUCGUCUGGAGUUCUCCUGCUCGACUCCUACACCGACCGCAUUCAGGUGCUGAAGAGCCUGCUGCACUGCGCGGACCUGGGCAACCCGGCCAAGCCGCUGGCCCUGAGCCGGCACUGGACGCGCCUCGUGUCGCGCGAGUUCCGCCUGCAGGGGCAGCGCGAGCUGGGCCUGGGCCUCGCGCCCAGCGCCAUGUGCGACCCCGCCGCGGCCUCCAUCGAGACGGCGCAGGUUUACUUCAUCGAUUUCGUGGCGCACCCCCUGUGGGAGACGUGGGCCGAGCUGGUGUAUCCCGACGCGCAGGGCAUCGUGGACCAACUCCAGGAGAACAGGGAGUGGUACAAGACCCACUGUGAUGACGAUAGCGGCGAUGCUGAUGGUGGCGGUAAUGGCGGCCAGAAGACACGAGCCAGGUUUCAGAUUCAGUUGACGGUCGAAGAGGAAGAGGAGGAGAGCGGUGAUGGUGGCGGUGGUGGUGGCGAUGGUGGCAACGAUCUCAUCUUGCUCUAUCUGUGCAUCGCUUCACCGUUCUGGCAAACCGCCCGAUGA